AUGGUGAUAAAUGUCAGCGGGCGGAAAUGGAAGGAGCCGAAAGUCCAGCGGUUUAGUGCCAUGACACCGAAACAUCAUGUGUUAACAUUCGACCAGCGUUUGGCAAAGAAGCAAGAGUUAGAGGAAGUAAAACGCAUGGAGCGCGAAUAUAUGGAGGAAGAGAAAGAAGAGAGGCGGAUAAAGGCGGAAAAGUCCAGGCAGAAGCAAGCCUAUAAAAAAGAGCAACAGCUACUUCAUGCCGUUAAGAAUGGCGUGCAAGUGGUAAAGGAUUCUAAGAAGGUCAGAAAGAUGACACAAAAAGUCAAAAAACAGCUCGUCCGAAUGCCCCCAGAAAUGCUUCGGGAUUAUGUCAAGAAGUAG